AUGAAUGCCGAGGUAGCAGAGGCGUCAUCGCUUCCCCAUCAGCCUCCCGCGGGUGGCCGCCCCCCGACUGGCCCUUCUGCCGCCAAGGGCAACGUGCCACCCCCUGCUGACGUCCCUUCUGCCGCCAAGAUCGCACCCACUCCCGUGGCAGCUGAUGUCGACAAAGCGGCGGAGAAGGGUGUGCGUGCUGCGCUUGCCACCAGCGGCGGCCCUGCUGAUGAGGUCGUCCACAAUGCGGAUAUCGCUACCAUCCAGGCCCACCUGGAUGCUGCCAAACGCACCGGGCAACCCCCAACACUGGCCAUCUCGGACACGGCACAUGUGGAGCCCGGCGGUUCAAUGGAGCCAAAGACGACCACUGAUGCUGACGGCGAGGGAAAGUUGCAACGAAAGGGGAAGGCUGACGCAGGGGAAGGGAAGGCGAGGACAACAUGCGCGACAUCGGCGGCGAGAGGGAAAGAGAAGGCGGCGGAGAAUAUGGAGGAGGAGUCGGUCGGCGAGGGUAAGUCGGCGAAGAAAGGGAAGGAGACGGCGACGGAGGAGAAGGCGGCGGCGAAUAUGGAGGAGAAGUCGGAGGGCGAGGGUAAGGGUGCGAAGAAAGGGAAGGAGAAAGCGAGGGAGAAAGAGAAGGAGAAGGCUGCUGAGAAGGAGAAGGAGAUGCAGAAAGAACGGAGGGGUCACGGCAUCCGCCACGACAGCUCGGGCGACGGCCAAGGAUGGGUGGGCGAGAUUAAGCUGGUCGGCGCUAAUCGAUACAUCGUCAAGUCGCGCGACAAGAUGGGGCUGGCGUACCUGCACUCGAUUGCUUACAUCGUCUACGACGGUUUUGUAAGCAAGGUCCUCAUGGACGAGCUCGCCGUCUUGGAGGAAGCCGAGUUGGAGCGGUGGAGGAAGGUGUGGGAGGAGGUCCGGAUCUUGCCGACAGGGAUGUGGACGGCGAUAUGGGCCCGUGGGGCAUACCUUCCAAAGACUCGGGUCGACGACAUUCUCGGCAAAUAUCGAGAGUACAAGAGCUCAGGCGAUGCGCUCCACGACGCGCUCUUACCGGCGAUCUGGUUUUCCAUCGAUGCCGAUACAAAAGAAGGCCAGGAGAAGUCGGAUGCUAUGAUGUCGGCCUUGAUCGGCCGCGUGUCCAUGUGCGCGGCGUUUGGGAAGGUAGCUGCGAGCGUGGCGAGGAAGGCGGGAGACACGGAUGAGAUGACGGAGAUGGGGGCACAGGCGUUAGCGGCCUCCGAUUGCACCGUCUGGUGCUUUGUCGAGUACGACGACGCCCAGGUGCUCGGUGCUGUGGGCGAAGGGAAGGCGGCGGCGAUGGUGGCCGGUGCGAGCGAGUCGACCGCCGAUGUAUUCAAGAAGGUCAUACAAGCGGUUUUGGACGCCGAGAUCAACAGGGAGCGACCCCUAGGGGAGGUUGCUCACAACGUCGCGCCGGCGCUGCAGAAUCUCGCCCUGCAAAGGGUCUAUCCGGGUGGAAAUACCGACGUCGAUGCCGAGGUGAUCGCUAGAGCGUCGGUAGAGACACUGGCGUUUUGGGGAAUGUGCCCCGUCGCCGCGCCGAAGCUCGAAGAGAUCGGCAUCCCGGUGCCAUGUGACGCGCAGAUGGAGUACGAUCUUGACCACAGGGGGAGGAAGGGGCAGAGGGGCAAGCAUGGCAAGGACAGCACGGGGAAGAAGGAGAAGAAGGGCAAGAAGGGCAAUGACAGCACGGCGGCGUAG